AAUAAACCAGUCGCUAUUCAACUUUUGUUGACGAUAGACUUUUUCGCGCCGGUCGCAACCAAGACUUUUUUUGCUUUGUCUUUUGUUUACUCACACAUACACACACACUGCAGUAACAUUUUCAUACAAAACAAAUCGUUUUUUGGUUUCUUUUUAUAUUAUUGAAACAAUUUCUUUUUCUGAAGAAAAGUGUUUUUCCAACUCACCGGAUGGAUGACGAGGACCCACCUCCUCGUUUUUUGCCGAGGAGGAAAUAUGAGGCUGGAAGUAACCCGGACAGCAAGAAGUUUAAAAAUCUUCAAACACCAACAACAAUAAAAAACAAAAUGGUUUUUGUUUCGGAAACGAGUUCACCAACACCAACAACAUCUACAGCUGCACAAGUUACUGAAGACACCAGUCAUCAAAACAAUGAUACAAAUGAAAUUAUUUCUAAAAAUACUAAUAACCCCACUACCAAUUAUCCCAAUACCAUUAUUUCCAACACAAAUAGUUCCAAUCCCAAUAAUCCAAACAAUAGCGCCAACACCGAUAAAUCCAUCAUUUCACAAUCCAUUCAUCCCAACAACUCACACUCCAACCAUCCCACUCCCAUAGCGGCCACAACUAACACCAAUCAAGAAGAUUUUCACAACUACAAAACAUAUCAAAAUACACAGAUUCUCUACAACAAACUGCAUCCUGGUCCUUUUUAUGUAUUAGUUAAGACUGAUGAACCCAUCAGCUCAAAGAGGAAAAAUUCUGAGCUUCAUUUAUAUGCAAAGCUAACUAAUGCAAACAUAAAUUAUCAUUUUGUUUCAAAAAACAUAGCAUACAAGACUUUCCGUUUAACUUUCAACAACAGCGAUUCAGCGAAUAGUUUUGUUUUGGAUUCGAAACGGCAAAAUGAUCAUAGAUCAAAUCAAUAACAGCGAUAAUGAUUUUAAAGCGGUGUCUGUAUACCGAUUCAAUUAUAAGAACGAAAAUGGACAAUACGUCCCAUCACAAACAAUUAAAAUAGGAAUUGUAGCGAACUUCAUGGUAAAACAAAUACGAAUGUUCAAUUGUUUAGCUGAAUGUGAAUUGUAUACCCCACCUACACGUCUUUGCAAAAACUGCGGCCGUCUGGGCCACAUUGCAAUUAGAUGUCGAUCAUAUAAAAGAUGUCUUCACUGUGGAAGGAAGAUAGAUUGUCCUAAUAAUUGUGGCGAAUUAAAAUGCGACUUUUGUCUCUCAACCACUAAAUGCAAUAACUUCUGUUCUAUGCCCAGAUGUAUUUUAUGUAACGACGAUAAACAUAAUGCCAUGGAAUCAAAAAAAUGUCCCAAGUACACCGAGGAAAAAAAUAUUAGGGAGGCCAUGGCUAUCUCAAAUUUGUCCAGAAAUGAAAUUAUUCGCAAAAGCAAGCCCAAUUAUUAUGCAAUUUUUGAUGACCCACAAUAUGAGAACGAUUUUCCUUUGAUUUCUACAAUGACUAAGCCUGUACGCAAAUCACUGGAUGAGGAGCUAAAUCGGAAAUUAACAAAAACUAAAUAUAGUAAAGUGGUAUCUUCGGUUCCGAAACGGAUCCACGUAACAGGAGACGAAGAAAAUAUAACUCCCAGCAAACCAUCAUAUGAUUUUAGAAAUUUUUCUAAAGUUACGGAAUAUGAAAAAAUGAUAUCAUCUUUUACAAAUCAAAUGGCAAUUAUUUUAUCAGAGGCCAAUUGCAGUGAAGGAUUAGACAUGUUAAACUGUUUUGCAAGUGCACUAAAGAUAGCUUCAGAAGGAAACUCUGAAGUUCCCCCAAAUAAAAACAAUGAAAAUUUUGCAGUACAACAUUCAAAGUCUUAGUAAAAACAAAAACUAUCUCGAAUUAUACAUAAAUAAUUUAUCAGUGGACAUCUGUAUACUAAAUGAAAUUUUUAAUGUCAACGAAAAAAAUAACAACUCUUUCCUAAGGAAUUACAAUUUGAUUUGCAAAAAACGAAGCGAUAAUUAUGGUGGUGUAGCCUUUUUACAUAAGAACAAUAUUUUUAUGAAACAAAUCUCUUUCAAUACGGAUUUGGACAUUUUGGUCUGUGAAACCACUAAUCUAUGCCCCAAUUUCACCUUCGUAUCAGUAUAUUUUCCUCAUUCUGUUAAAUCCAAUCAUUUAAAGAGAGAAUUAUCUAAACUUUUUACACUGCUUGAAGGAAAACCAAACGUGUUCAUAGCUGGAGAUUUUAAUGCAAGAUGCAGAGAUUACGGAGAUAUCUUUGACACUGUUCGUGGUUCGACUGUGAAAACUUUGUUUGAUGGUUCAAUAUUCCGAUGCAUUAAUGAUGGUUCUGCAACUUUCAAGAAAAAUUUGUAUGACAAUUCUCCUGGUUCUGUCCUGGAUCUCACUUUUACUAACUCGGCAUACCAUUUUACAUGGAAGGUGCAAAACAUUACUAUCGGUGGUAGUCAUCAUAAGCCAAUACUACUAGAUAUUAGUAAUAUUAAACAUAAAGAAAAAACCUUUCUUGCAAAAAAACACCUUUUGAAUAAUAUAUGCAAUCUUCAUAUAGGAACGGAUAUGCAUACAAUACAAUCAGAGUUAAGUCAUCAAGUAAAGAAUUCUACUUUUGCUAUUGGACCGAAAACAAAAUUCAAUUCAUGGUGGAACGAGGAUCUAAAAAGAUUACUUCGUCUCAAAGAUGCCGCUGAGAAAAAGUUCGAAAGCUAUAAAAAUACUGAAAAUGCCUUAAAUGCUAUAGAAGCUAAAAAUAAUUUCAGAAAUGCCGUUAAAAAAGCCAAAGCCCUUGCACAAGUUUCCAAAAUCAAUGAGUUAAACACCAUCUCAAACUCAAAGUCUCUUUUCCGCUACAUCAAGGGAUGUAAGUCCUUUUUUGAAAAUCAAACUCAUUCAAAGUGGUGUUCCGACAACAAUAUCGUCUUUCUACAACAUUUGAAGGACCAAGUUCCAAAUAACAAUCAAAAUAUUUUCAAUGACGAAUACUUAAAAAAAUCCGAUGUUUUUUCAUUUGCAGAGCUACAAAAAGUUCUUGAUAUGAAGAAGAAGCCAUCUGCAGCUGGCCUGGAUGGCAUAACAUAUGAAAUGGUAAAUAAUCUUUCCAUACAAUCCAAACACCAUCUUUUAGUCGCAUAUAAUAAAUUAUGGAGAAACUGCAAUUAUCUUGAUGAAUGGAGAGAAAUCAAAAUUGUGCCCAUUCCCAAAAAAGACAAAGAUCUGGAUAUUCCAACUAAUUUCAGGCCAAUUGCCUUGAUUUCUGUUUUUGCAAAAAUAAUAAAUCUAAUGGUAAAGCAACGCCUAAAUCUCUAUAUUGAUGAUAACAAAUUGCUUCCACAUAGAUCAUAUGCCUAUAGGAAACACGUAUCUACAUCAACAUGCAUCAACGACAUUCUUCACACAAUAAACUUUCACAAGGAAAGAAAUGAGAAAGUUGUUAUACUAUCAAUGGAUGUAUCUAAGGCCUAUGAAUGUGUAGACAUCAGCUGUCUACGAAUGAUCUUGCAACAAUUGGAUAUUCCCGAGCAAAUCAGAACUUGGAUCCUAAACUUUCUAUGCAAAAGAACACUCAGAAUGGGAAACUCCCUGCUAAAUAUUUACAAUGGCAUUCCUCAAGGAAGUUGUUUAAGCCCAACUCUGUUUAAUUUAUACACACUAGGCCUGCAUGGUAUUUCAGAUGGGAACACUAAUCUUUUUCAAUACGCUGAUGACUUCAUUCUAUUAGUUCACGACUUCGACUUUGAUCUGGCAAAUAGAAUUUUACAAAAAAAAGCAAGUAAUUUCGUCAACUUACUUAUGAAAUUAAACCUUAGCGUCAAUAUAGAAAAAACAGCUGUUAUGUAUGUUGCCAAAGGAGGCCGUAAGAAACCUCAUGUCAUGAUCAAUGGAAACCAGGUUAAAGUUGUAACAUCCAUAAAAUUUUUGGGUAGACACAUUAAAAACAGUCUGUCCUUGAAAGAACAUUACGAUGAGGUGAUACUAUCUUGCAAAAACACUUUAAACGCUCUAAAGAUGGUAACUGGCCCAAAGAAAGGAUUACAUCCAGCAAAAGCAGUAAAUUUAAGUAAAUCUCUGAUUUUUUCCAAGACAGAAUAUGCAAUAUCAUCAAUGGCUCACAGACCAGCAUACAUAAAUAAAAAAUUAACUUCUUUUCAAAAUCAACUUUUAAGAAGAAACUUGGGACUGGUGCCAUCAACGCCAAAUCAUGUUGUAUGUGCUCUCGCUGGUAUUCUUCCAACGGAUUUAAGAGCCCAACAGCUUGCGGCUAAAGAGUUGUUAAGAUUAAAAAUUUAUAAUCUUUCUCUAUAUGAUUACUUCACAACGAACUCAUCUCAGAAAACGAGCAUUGGAUACGUCUACAACAAUUUCAAAAACAUAUUUGAUAAAACAAGAAUUGGUUACAACGUAAAAUCGUCAAAAAUUGAGACAAAACUAAACAUUUUUAAUUUCUCAAAAAAUGAUGUUGCUUCUGAGUGCAUACAAUCUCAUUUUCGCAAAAUGUUUAACGAGCUAAAAUCUCAAGGGGUUUCCAUUUGGGCAACAGAUGCCUCGGUAACAAAUAAUAACACAGGAUGCGCUGUCUGUAACAUAUCCUCAAGUCAGAACUUCUUAUUUAAAAUCGAAGAAAAGUUAUCUUCUCUAGCUGGAGAACUACGAGCUAUAGAAAAAGCUAUAGAUAUAAUAAUUGAAGACGGAAUCAGCAUGGCUGCGAUCUUCACAGACAGUAAAAAUGCGUGUCUUCUUUUACAAGAUAACUCCUCCAACAAUUACACCACAUACAACAUAAUACAAAAAAUUAAUAACUCAUCUAUAUGCAAAGUGACUUUUAUUUGGGUUCCAUCACAUGUUGGAAUUUCCUUAAAUGAAACUGCCGAUUUCUAUGCAAAACAAGCUACGGAAGCUGGAUGUGUUAUACCAUAUGAACUCUCGGUCACAGAUGCAAUCCAAAAGAUUGAAGCAAAUCUCUGGAACGAUUUUGUUGAACGUUUCAAAGAAACUUCUCUGCACAAAGGAUCUUAUUUCUUCCGCUUCUUCCCAAAUCCUCCCAAACAACCAUGGUAUAAAAACUCUAGCAUGAAACCUGAAAACAUAAAAAUCAUUAAUAGACUUUUUACUGGACAUACAUAUACCAAAAAAUAUUUUCACCGUGUUGGUAUUUCCAACUCCAGUUUAUGCGAGACCUGCAAUGUGAUCGAGGAUGAAAAUCACAUUAUCUUCCACUGCAAGAAAUUUAAUAGAGAAAGAAAUGAACACAACCUUUUUAAAACACACAAUAACUUACCGGAUGUCCUCAUGGCCAAAGAUUUUCAACUCAUAGAUGAUCUCCUGAAUUUCAUUAGCAAAUGUAAAAUUGUUUUAUGAAAUCAAUUAAUCUUUUUAUCCUGUCAAAAUCAAAAUAUUGCUUUUCUUGUUUUGUUUUGCUACACUCCUUUCAAAAAAAAAAAAAAAAAAAAAAAAACAAAAGCUUUGUUUAUACGUAUAUUCAUGUAUACUUAGAUGCACUAACACAUAUGUAUCCUCAUGUAAAAAGAAGAGAAAUAAAGAGAGUACUUUUAUAUGGUUUCAAGUAACCAACAACUAGCACUGGUGAAUGAACACUUCGUGUUCCACCAACACACUUGACAACGUAUGAAGUACAAAAAAAAAAAAAAAAAAAAAAAAAAAAAAAAAUAAUAAUAAACAAAA